UAUGAUGGACCUUUUUGAGACCAACCCUUAUCUUUUCAAUGAUUUGCGCUACUUGGAAGAAGGGGAUCAUGGACCACUACAGCACCUGGACAUAUCCGGGGUUUCUCCACUUUACAACGGCAAUGACAGCCCGCUGUCCCCGGGCCAGGAUAAUGUUCCGUCCGAGACCGGGGGGGAGAGCAGCGAGGAAGAGCACGUCCUCGCGCCCCCGGGUCUCCGGGCGCACUGCGACGGUCAGUGCCUCAUGUGGGCCUGUAAGGUCUGCAAGAGGAAGUCCGCGCCGCCCGACCGACGCAAGGCCGCCACUCUGAGGGAGAGGAGGAGGCUGAAGAAGAUCAACGAGGCCUUCGACGUGCUGAAGAGGAAGACCGUGCCAAACCCCAACCAGAGGCUACCCAAGGUGGAGAUUUUACGCAGCGCCAUAAGCUACAUCGAGAGGCUACAGGACCUGCUGCAGACCCUGGACGAGCAGGAGAAACCCCAAAACGGAUCAUCCCACAACUUCAAAGAACACAGUAUGGAAAACCAUGAUGGUCGUUGGAAAAAGUCCUCAGAUUCGUGGCCGACCUCUGCCGAUCAUUCCACUGUCCCAAUGAUAAACCAGAGAGAAGGAUCCAGCGAGUCUUCUGCCUCCUCCAGCCUCCUGCGUCUGUCCUCCAUUGUGAACAGCAUCACCAACGGAGACAAAGUCAACUUCAGCGAGAACGUCUCUGAAAACUGACAUCAGCAAAGACCUCGACUAGACACCACAUUUUAGGUUUCCAUUAUUUAUCCCUAAAUUAUUUCCACUAUAUUUAGCCAUUCUGUUUGUUGUGUAGUCCUCAUUUGUACAUAAGGAGCAACAAAUGUGUACAUAUUUUAUUAUAAUGUGAUGUUUAGAUUUAUUUAUUUUAUAUUCAGAAGCAGAUACACUCUUGUACGAAAGCUAUUGUAUUUAAAUAUUUGUACAUAACUGACCAAUACAA